CGCUGAAACUUUUUUUUAUCUCUUUUAUCAAGACAAAUUGCGGCAUGUACAAUUUUAACACCACGCUGAUAUGCUAAGCAAUUACACCUCUAAAGCUACUGUUUUCACAACGCCUGUAACUAAGCUCGGAGAUUAGUUAGAAAACCGUCGUUGAAUAAGCACUUCCCCAGCCAGCAAGCCAUGGACCAACUGAUCACGAUCGAAGAGUGCGCCGAGGUGGUGCGAAAUUCGAAAGCAAUACAAAGCAACGCCUCCUUUGAUAUCGUCCGGUAUCGACUGGAUAAGGUGGGCGGUCUUCCCGGUUAUCUGGGAGAGUAUGCGCGUUUGGUUGUGAGCGUGAAGUGUAAUCGUGUAAUCCAAGAGUUCCGGUACUUUGUCAAGAGUCUGCCGAUAACGGACUGGUCGCACAGGAAGCUGAUUGAAAAAGUUGGCUAUCAUGCUAAGGAAUCCGAGUGCUACAGGGAGAUGUUCCCGCGAUUUAAACAGAGUCCGGAGCAGGUCCAAAAGUGGAGACCAUCGUGCUGGCUUGUUAAGGCGGAUCUGAUGGUUAUGGAAGAUCUGGUGGACAACGGAUUUGAAGCAAUGCCGUAUCGGAUGGAGUUCGGACAAGGGCAUAUGUUGCGAAUUAUUGAUUCGUUGGCCCAGAUGCAUGCGUGUAGUUUGGAUCUCGAGAUGAAUCAGUUGAACGGAGUCAAGCUGGGGAAACAGUUCGAAUCAAUGCUCUUUGAGACGAUAUUUAGGAGGGAAAGUCCGUGGAUCAAGGCCGGUUUACAGGGAAUCAAGAAAGCUGCCCUUUUCGCAUCGAAGUAUUCCAAGAAUCCUACCUUCAAACAAACUAUUGAAACAGAAAUGGACUCCCGGAUGGAACAAUUGUUUGAACUACUCGAACCUUCAGUGAAAUACCGAUCGGUAUUGGUCCACCGAGACCUGUGGCCGAACAACUUUAUGUUCCGAUUCCCAAAGGAUCCAAAAUCGGGAAUCACAGACUACGACACUCCAUCGAGCUGUGUCCUUCUGGACUUCCAACUGGCACGGUACCUUCCACCGGCCGUGGACUUGCUGUGUGCAAUCUACAUCUUGACUCGGAGAUCCCACCGGGAUGCGUUCUACGAGUCCUACGUAGAUCACUACUACCAAUCGUUGACGAACAAGUUGGAAAAGCUCAACCUCGACAUCAAAACGAUUCUUCCCUGGAAUUCGUUUAGGGAAAGCCUCGAACACUAUCGCUUGGUGGGACUUCUUUGGUCUGGAGUGCUGCGGUCGUUCGUGAAUCUCCCUGAGGGGUACCUGCCUGAUCUAAGGAGGAGUCAUCCGCAGAGCUAUAAUGAUUUCUUUUUCGUUAGUAGAGAUCAAGUCAUCGAGGAGUUCUUGAACAAGGAUCGUUACUCUAGGGAUAAUUUUUUGGACACGGUAGAUGAAACUUUGGAAUACAUUUUUGCAUUUAAAUAAUUUUGCAAAUAAAUC